UCGCAGCAUCUAUACCACGUCAAACCCAUACAGAAGUCAGUCAAACAGAAGAACAGAGAAGAUGAAACACACCUAAAUAAUACUUUAGCUUUAGAUCAAGAAAUCAAACUUUCUUUUGAAAGGAAAAUCAAGAUGGACUCUAGAUGGUCAAAAAUUGCAAAAGAAAACACCAACUUUGCUCGAUUGUGUAAAUUACUCAUCGAUGGAGGAACUCAUGUCCUUAGAAAAAUUKUUGAUUCCAAACAUCCACCUCACGAUCUAAAGAAACAUUUGAUGGACAGCAGGAUUCAUAAUAUCUUAAAGAAUUUGAAGGCUAAAAAACUUCUACGACCAGAGCAGUGGAACAGACUGUAUCCAAGUGUAGGAUCGGCAACAUCUACAGGUUUUGACAUAACUCUUUUAAGUUUACUGUUGCGCAAUAUCUGCAAUUUGCCAACACCUGCCAAUGGAUGGGACAAGGAGCCUGCAGCAACAAGUAUUAACGUGGAAGACGAUGUAGUAAGGCUGAGAUUGUACCGUAAUAAUCUCUAUGGUCACAUCUCUGAACCAGCUCUAUCAGACGCUGAUUUCAACAAGUACUGGAACGACAUUGAAACUGUUUUAUUAAGACAUGGUGUAAACAAGGCAGACAUUGAUAGUCUUAAGACACAAUCCUUCGAACCAGAAGAUGAAGACUACUACAUCAAAUGCUUAAAAGAAUGGAUCACUGAUGAGGCUGAUAGAGUAAUCCAUGAAGUGAAGGAAUCAGAAAAGAGAGUGCUAGAAAAAGUUGAAAAUGUAGAGCACAAGCUGGACCAACUAAACCUGCAGCCUUCAAAACCAGUCACAACUGAAGGUACUUUAGACAGCGAUUAUAUUAUUGUAUCACUAUUUGCUUAGUACUCUUUGAAGUUUUCAUUACUUGCACUAUACUGCCACCUUAUUAGGAACCUGUCAUAAUUAUUUAUCGCUUAAAUCGAAAGUGAAGGAAGGGGAAUUGCUGACGAGAACUUGAAGAAUGACUUCGUAAAACUCUUUUAAUGCCAGUUGUC